UUUGUCGGUCUUUUCCGAGAGUUUUUCCGGUUUUUCUUGGUUUUGUUUCUUGUUUUUUUCUUCCUUUCAAAUGAACUGGUAACAGCUGAUCCAAAAUGGCGAAAGAAAUGGACAUUGGGAAGAUGAAGGCGUUGGAGGAGAGAAUAAAGGCUCCUUCCAUCUGGGGCAGAAUACCUUGUGGGCUGAGGUUUGAAGAUCUGCAAGACAAACGGUAUGAAGAGGCAGUGAGGUUUUUGAAGAAACAUUAUCUUGGUGAAGAGAUAACCUACAGAUCUUUAAAGAUAUUGGACGAUAAGGAGGGAACAGAUGAAUUCAUACAUAAUGCGAGGAUCUGGAUGAAAGACAAGAUGUCCAUAGCCGUUAUAAAGGAGGGGAAGGAGAAACUAGUUGGAUUGCUCAUCAUGAGGAUACAGGAGAAAAGUUCGUUUUCAAGAACCUUCAGCCGUGUUAAGCUCACCUACAACCCGAUCUAUUCUACCGUGAUGACUUUCUACAAUGCUAUUGAAAAGCCAGUCUGUAUAUUUGAGAAGUUGAAUUGUAAGAGAUAUCUGAAGAUUUAUGUACUCGCCCUUAAAAUGCGAUACAGGCAUCGAGGUAUAGCCAAAGACCUGAUAAAAGCUGGUAUGGACUUGGCUGCAAGCGCCUUUGUGCCAGUAAUGGCUGGGAUCUUCACCAGCGGAAGGUCGCAGCAGAUAGCCGAUGAACUUGGUUUCGAGAAAUACAAUGAGAUCUACUACAUAAGAUAUCUUAUUGAUGAUCAGAUAGUGUUUUGGGAUACGGGUACUGGCAACUAUGGCGCAUCUAUUAUGGCGUACCGUAUCCCAGACAUAGAAGAACCAGAAGAUAUAACUGUAGUGCCGUCUUCCCGAUUCAAUAUGAUAAAAGCUCCUGAUGAGGAAGGUGGCGAAGAGGAAGGAGAAGAAGGCGCUGAGAAGAAAGAAGGAGAGGCGGAAGGAAAGAAAGAAGAAGAAGAAAAGAAAGAGGGCGAAGAGAAGAAAGAAUAA